UCACAUCCGCUUUUUUCUCCGGAAGUACAGUUAAUUUUUAUUCAGAGGAGAAAAAACAGCUUCUGUUGUGAAAGAAAACAUCAAAGUGAGUUUCACAGAAUGCCUGACCAAAAGAGAGAAUCCGAUCCUCAUGAGCCGCAGCCCAAGCUGAGGAAGUUGGAUGAGGAUGCAGAAGCUCUGCCAUCUAAAAUUGGACCAGCUACCAAUUCCCUCAUAACAGGACAAAUGAAAGAACAGACUGAAGCUGCUCCACGGACUAAGAAAAAACGCUCUUCAUCUGGGGAAGGGGAAAGUUUGCCAGCUAAGUCAUCAAAACAGGAUUCUUUUCCAGAAGAUUCCAGCAAAACGACCUCUGACCCACGCCUUCUAAAAGCCAAGCUCCUGAACGCCACAAGUGCCUCCUGUGGAGAAGCUCCCUCACAGAGAGCAAACUCCAAUGCUUCCCUUAAGCGAUCUGCCUCUACAGAGUCUGACGAGGAUCUGAGUAGUGAUGGUAGUAAGUCUGACUUCUUCAGACAGCGGGAUGAUGAAGACAAGGCACACUGCAUCAGAAAAAAUUACAAGAAAACUAAAUGCAAAGCUGAAGAGUCGUCUGAUCUACUUGAAGGUUUACCCUCCUCACCUGCGGAUCCUGUGCAGAUGGACCAUAAUUAUGGCAGGUUCUCAGAUGCCACGUCUCCAGAAAGCACAGAGGACGCCAAUGAAAAAACAAGCAGGUUUUUCUCUCAACAAGGGAAACAAGAAACACCACAUAAUGCAAAAGAAAAGGUGUCAACAGGCACCUCAGAGCCAGAAACGAGGAGCAUCGAGGCAACUGUUGAAAUUGACUCUGCAGCUGAAGAAAGUAAACAUAAUGAAUUCAAAGAUAUGGAGAGCCACAUUAACCUUGAUAAUAAAGCAUCAGCAUCUUCUGGAGAAGUUUUGGACUCUGUCACACCUGUUGGUGAGGAAAAUGAACAGACAGAUCAAGCGGAGUCCAUCAGAAGCCAAAGGGAUGUAGAUAAUGAAACAAUAGCACAAUCAGAGGAAACACUAUGCUCUGCUAUUGUAGAGGUGACCUCUAGUGGGAGAAGUGAUGAACCUGCAGAUGAUGAGACUGAUUUAGCUUUCAUAUCAGAGAGUCGGACUCACCUGAGCGACCAGUCUGUUUCAGAAGGUGAUGGUCAGAGUAUAAGAUGUAAAUUUAAGGAUGGAGAAGUAGUGGGACAACUAGAUGAAGUUCUGUUGAAUAAAACAACUUCUGCUCCAGAGCAGGUAGAAAUUUUUUAUCCCUCGAUUGAGACUGACAAAAACGCGACAACUGAGCAUGUUGCCAUUCCAGAAACUCAAACGGAGCUUAAAAUUCAAUUAUCAUCAGCAGAGAAGCUCAAUGCUGCAGAUACAGUUGUCCGCUUGUGUGAUGAUGUGAACGACACACUUAAAAAGUCUGAGGAAACACUUGAAGAAAAUGUUCAAGAGCCUGCUGACGUUUCCCAUCCUGCUUCUUGUCCUGGACCUUUGGUUGAAGGAGAAACAAACCAUUUCUUUGAGAUAUCUGACAGCUGUACCGACACUUCACCUGAAUGUAAGAGUGUUCAUGAGGAAAAUAAAAUUGAGAGGUUAGCUGAAAAGAAUCUGGUUCCAGAGGGUCAAAUAACCCCUGAAGUGGAUUUACAAAGUCAAGAGAAUCACCUGGUUUAUGACAGCAUAACAAACGCAGCUGCUGAGGUUAAAGAGGAUGUUGUGAUCAGUCACUGCUUUGCUUCACCAGAUACCCAAAUUCAAGAGAAUUCUAAUCCAGAUGUUACAGUAGAAACACAAAGCCAGGAGGUUUAUGAAUCUGCCACAACCCUGUCUACACAUGUUGAUGAGGAUAAUGUGGAGACGUUAACAGGAAACCAAGAGUGUGAGAGUCUAGAAACACUGACUGUAGAAGCAUCAGGGAUCUCUGAUCCAGUGCCUCCAUCUGCUGAGGUUCACGAUGAUGGUGUCACAGCUGAUAAAUGUGAAAAUAGCCUUGAACGUGCUGGUCCAGCUGAAAAUCAGAGUGCAAUGGAAACACAGACUGUUGAAGUGGAACUUCAAGAGGAUCCAGUCAGUGAACCCAUCUCUGAUGAAGAUCAAAGGGAUCCAGAAAAUGCGAGUAGUGACGCUGGUGAACGUGUCGAAGCUGCAGCUGAGAGUCUAACAGGAGUUGAACUACAGACUGCUACUGUGUCAGAGGAGACACAGAACAAAAAAAUGCACAUUCAGAUGAACCAAGACGUCAGUGGUCACACCUUCGACAUAAAUGUUGAAGCUCAGAGAGGUGUGCAGAAUGAUAACCGUGCUGCUAAAGUUCAGAUAUCGCAUGAUGUAGAGGCUGUGGUCUCAUCAAAGGAUGCUUCUAGUGUGAUGGAAGAAGCAGAAGAAACGCAGAUGGUCAGUAAACUUACGCCUGACACGUCAACCCAAUCUCAGACAGUUUGGGAGGAUAAAUCUUUUAAGAACUGUGAAGAAAGUGAAUCUGUUUCUGCUGCUGUUCAGAGUCGAACAGAAAUUGGCGAAGAUGUAAAAGCCUUGUCAAAGGAGGUCUCACCCAUAAAGGUAAUACAAAGUCAGAUGGUCAGUGAACCUAUCGCUGACAUGCCUGAGGAAACUCACAGAGAUCUGGAGAAUGCAAACUGUGUUGCUCAGAUUCAAACAGAAGAUGGUGUAGAGGCUGACUUCUCAUCAGAUGAGGCCUAUAAGGUGAUGGAAGAAGAAAAUCAGGUGGUCGUUAAGCCUACGACUGACGCAUCGAAUGAAACUCCGACAGUUCGGGAUGCUGCUGCUGCUCAAACUCAAAUAGAAGUUGGCGAAGAGGCAAAUGCCACAUCAGAGGAGGUAUCUAAUGUUGCUUCCAUAAAAGAACUGCAAACCCAAAUGGUCAGUGAACCUCCCACUGGGAUACCUGAGGAAACCCACAAAGAACCAGAGAGCUCAACUUUAAAAACCGGUGAUGUGAUGUUUGUUUCUGCUGCUGCUCAGAGUCAAACAGAAGAUGGCGUAGAGGCUGAAGUUUCAUCAGCGGAGGUUUCUAAUAUGAUGGAAGAAGUAGAAGAAACUCAGAUGGUCAGUAAACCCAUGGCUGACAUAUUGAAUGAAACUCGGACAGUUUGGGAGGAUGCUGCUGCUCAGAGUCAAACAGAAGUUGGCAAAGAGGCAAAACCAGAGGAGGUCUCCAUCAUCAGAUCUAUGAACAUAAUUCAAAGUCACAUGGUCAGUGACGACCACAUAGAACUGGAGAGUACAAAUUGUGUUGCUGAGAUUCAAAUAGAAGAUUGUGUAGAAACUAAAAUCACAUCAGACGAGGCGUCUAAUAUUGCUUCAAUAGAAGAAAUGCAAGCCCAGAUUGUCAGUGAACCUAUCACUCACAUACACGAGGAAACUCACAGAGAUCUGGACAAUGCUAAUGGUGUUGCUCAAAUUCAAAUAGAAGAUGGCGUAGAGGCUGAAGUCUCAUCAGAGGAGGCUUCUAAUAUGAUGGAAGAAGCAGAGGAAACUCAGAUGGUCUGCCAACCUACGACUGACAUAUCAAUUGAAACAGUUUGGGAGGACGCUGCUGCUCAGAGUCCAGCAGAAGUUGGAGAAGAAGCAAAAAUCGUAUCAGAGAAGGCGUCCAAUAUUGUUUCAAUAGAAGAAAUGCAAACCCAAAUGGUCAGUCCCACUGGGAUACCUGAGGAAACCCACAAAGAACCAGAGAGUUCAACUUUAAAAACUGGUGAUGUGAUGUUUGUUUCUGCUGCUGCUCAGAGUCAAACAGAAGUCUGCAAAGAGGCAAAACCAGAGGAGGUCUCCAUCAUCACAUCUAUGAACAUAAUUCAAAGUCACAUGGUCAGUGACGCCCACAGAGAACUGGAGAGUACAAAUUGUGUUGCUGACAUACAAAUAGAAGAUUGUGUAGAAACUAAAAUCACAUCAGAGGAGGCGUCUAAUAUUGCUUCAAUAGAAGAAAUGCAAGCCCAGAUUGUCAGUGAACCUAUCACUCACAUACACGAGGAAACUCACACAGAUCUGGACAAUGCUAAUGGUGUUGCUCAAAUUCAAAUAGAAGAUGGCGUAGAGGCUGAAGUCUCAUCAGAGGAGGCUUCUAAUAUGAUGGAAGAAGCAGAGGAAACUCAGAUGGUCUGCCAACCUACGACUGACAUAUCAAUUGAAACAGUUUGGGAGGAUGCUGCUGCUCAGAGUCCAGCAGAAGUUGGAGAAGAAGCAAAAAUUGUAUCAGAGAAGGCUUCCAAUAUUGCUUCAAUAGAAGAAAUGCAAACCCAAGUGGUCAGUCCCACUGGGAUACCUGAGGAAACCCACAAAGAACCAGAGAGUUCAACUUUAAAAACCGGUGAUGUGAUGUUUGUUUCUGCUGCUGCUCAGAGUCAAACAGAAGAUGGCGUAGAAGCUGAAGUUUCAUCAGCGGAGGUUUCUAAUAUGAUGGAAGAAGUAGAAGAAACUCAGAUGGUCAGUAAACCCAUGGCUGACAUAUUGAAUGAAACACAGACAGUUUGGGAUGCUGCUGCUGCUCAGAGUCAAACAGAAGUCUGCAAAGAGGCAAAACCAGAGGAGGUCUCCAACAUCACAUCUAUGAACAUAAUUCAAAGUCACAUGGUCAGUGAUGCCCACAUAGAACUGGAGAGUACAAAUUUUGUUGCUGAGAUACAAAUAGAAGAUUGUGUAGAAACUAAAAUCACAUCAGAGGAGGCGUCUAAUAUUGCUUCAAUAGAAGAAAUGCAAACCCAAAUGGUCAGUGAACCUCCCACUGGGAUACCUGAGGAAACCCACAAAGAACCAGAGAGCUCAACUUUAAAAACCGGUGAUGUGAUGUUUGUUUCUGCUGCUGCUCAGAGUCAAACAGAAGAUCUAGAAGAGGCGAAGUCCACUUCAGGUGAAGUCUCUAAGAUUGCUCCUGUAGACCAGGUGCAAACCCAGAUUGUCAGUGAACCUAUCACUCACAUACACGAGGAAACUCUCAUAGAUCUGGACAAUGCUAAUGGUAUUGCUCAAAUUCAAAUAGAAGAUGGCGUGGAGGCUGAAGUCUCAUCAGAGAAGGCUUCUAAUAUGAUGGAAGAAGCAGAGGAAACUCAGAUGUUCUGCAAACCUACGACUGGCAUAUCGAAUGAAACAGUUUGGAAGGAUGCUGCUGCUCAGAGUCCAGCAGAAGUUGGAGAAGAAGCAAAAAUCGUAUCAGAGGAGGCAUCUAAUAUUGUUUCAAUAGAAGAAAUGCAAACCCAAAUGGUCAGUGAACCUCCCACUGGGAUACCUGAGGAAACCCACAAAGAACCAGAGAGCUCAACUUUAAAAACCGGUGAUGUGAUAUUUGUUUCUGCUGCUGCUCAGAGUCAAACAGAAGAUGGCGUAGAGGCUGAAGUUUCAUCAGCGGAGGUUUCUAAUAUGAUGGAAGAAGUAGAAGAAACUCAGAUGGUCAGUAAACCCAUGGCUGACAUAUUGAAUGAAACUCGGACAGUUUGGGAGGAUGCUGCUGCUCAGAGUCAAACAGAAGUUGGCAAAGAGGCAAAACCAGAGGAGGUCUCCAUCAUCAGAUCUAUGAACAUAAUUCAAAGUCACAUGGUCAGUGAUGCCCACAUAGAACUGGAGAGUACAAAUUGUGUUGCUGAGAUUCAAAUAGAAGAUUGUGUAGAAACUAAAAUCACAUCAGAGGAGGCGUCUAAUAUUGCUUCAAUAGAAGAAAUGCAAGCCCAGAUUGUCAGUGAACCUAUCACUCACAUACACGAGGAAACUCACACAGAUCUGGACAAUGCUAAUGGUGUUGCUCAAAUUCAAAUAGAAGAUGGCGUAGAGGCUGAAGUCUCAUCAGAGGAGGCUUCUAAUAUGAUGGAAGAAGCAGAGGAAACUCAGAUGGUCUGCCAACCUACGACUGACAUAUCAAUUGAAACAGUUUGGGAGGAUGCUGCUGCUCAGAGUCCAGCAGAAGUUGGAGAAGAAGCAAAAAUUGUAUCAGAGAAGGCUUCCAAUAUUGCUUCAAUAGAAGAAAUGCAAACCCAAAUGGUCAGUCCCACUGGGAUACCUGAGGAAACCCACAAAGAACCAGAGAGUUCAACUUUAAAAACUGGUGAUGUGAUGUUUGUUUCUGCUGCUGCUCAGAGUCAAACAGAAGAUCUAGAAGAGGCGAAGUCCACUUCAGGUGAGGUCUCUAAGAUUGCUCCUGUAGACCAAGUGCAAGCCCAGAUUGUCAGUGAACCCACCACUGACAUGUCUGUUGGAUUUCCAGAAGAAAAUGUGAAAACUGCUGAAAAUAAGGAGGUGGAAUUUGAAUCUGUGGCUGUAACGCCAUGUCAGAUGGAAGUGGAGGAUCAGUCAUAUCCAGCUUUUUCAGUGGGUGUAAAUAAAAUCCAAACAGAGAUGGACACACAGAUGGCAGAGAAGAGUUCCAAUGGUGUUUUUGGGGUUGGAUCACAAACUCAGACAAACCUGGACUUUAGUGGACAAGCAAAAGACGAGACAUCUGAAGACGUUCAUGAAGACAUGAUGGUAGAAGCUCCACAAAAUAUGGAGAUAAACUCAGAAAAUGUGACUGAACAAGAAAACCAAACCCAACAGAUCACAGCUGAAUCAGAGAUUUCUGCAGCAGCUCCUCUUGUGGAAAUGCAGAGCGAGAAAAACGAGAAUGAAACAUCUGAGCAGGUUUCUGCAGAAGAAACACAGAGCCAGCAUGUCGGAGAACAAAUUACAGAUGUAGAGUCUGUAAAUGUUGCUGUAGGUCAAAAUGAAACUCAAACAUCGCCGCUUUCAGUGGAAACUCUGAUCCAGACGCGUCUCGGUGUCACUGAACCCGGCAGAUCUCAACUGCAAAGUCUCAGGAGUUCCUCAGACGAAGAUGAGAACAAGGUUACAGAAAACAAGGUCGAUGUUGCUGUGAGAAUAAAUGAGAUACAAACCCAAGCAGCAGAAAUGUUUGAGGACAUUUCUCAGCCAACAACUCCAGAACAAACUCCAAGCCUGGUGGAUCAGGAGGUCAACGAGCUCAUCAGAGACACGCAGGUUUUUGCUGAAACACAGAUCCAGCGGAGCCUAGGACCGACUGAGACCUUUAAAGAUUUACCUGAACAGGUCGAGGAAAACUCCAGGAUUCCCAGCGUGGACAUCGCUGAGAUGACAAACAAAGUGAAAGUAGCAGAAGCACUAGAGGAGAUUCCUUUACCAUCAGCUAUGGAGCUAACACAAGUUCAAAGGGGUCAGGAGGUCAGCAAAGUAGAAGAACAGAACAUGCAGUCAGUUGGUUCUGAAAACCAUCCAAUAACAGACAUGCAGACAUCAGCCGAGUUUGAUCAGACCCAGAGAUGUAAGGAGGAGACUGACGAAAGUGUAGACCAGGCUGCGUCUGGGUGUGAGAAUGUUCCAGAGGUUCUGACUGAAACAUCUGCAGCAGCGUCAGAACACCAAAACCAUCUGGCAGAGGAAACCGGUGAACGCGCCGCAUCAGACAUGAAGACAACUCUUUUACUGAAUGUUGACACUAAAGAUAAGGACAUGCAGGUGGAGCCUGAUGAUGUAAUAAGUGGACCAGUAAGGCCAGAUGACAACAACGAGGUCAUAGUUGCACCUGUGAGUACUAUGGAAGGAGGAGCUGAGAGCAGGGAUGUCAUCGGUUUUGUUUGUGGCCAAUCGGAUGUCCAGGCACCAGAGGAGCAGAUGAAGCCGGUUAACCAGUCGGAGUUCCAUGACAACCAGGUUGUUUACGAACCCAUCAGUAGUCCAGAGAGUAACAGUGGGGGGGGCGUCUGUACCACAGUAGAGCUGGGUGAAACCAUCUCAUUUCUGGAUUUACAAAACACAGAGACCCAUCACACGCUGGGUGGGGAAUCAGGGAUUCUAACCAGCGACGCCACAUCAGAGGCUGCCCACUCUAAUCAGGAGGAGGAGAUUGAAAAAGCUGAGAUUUGUGUCCCAGAAAGCCAAGCAGCAGCUGAGAUGGAAGUCGACACCAUCAGCGAGGCACAGUUGGAGCAGAGUAACACCACGGAGGCGUUUGAACAAGUCGCUGCAGUCAGUUCAAGCGAUGACAUGGAUGCAACAGAAGAUGCCACGGAGAAACGAGAAAUACCAGUAGAGGUAACUGAGCAGGUGCAGGAGGCCGCUGCUGCAGCUCCAGCUUCUGAUGAGGCAGAGGUAACAGAUGGUUCAUCUGAGGAGUACGUGAUCUUGGAACCGGUCCCAGAGGACAACAUCCACUUUGACAUCGUGACUCAGGCAGUAGCCGAAUCAGGUCUGUCAGCCUCGCUCUGUCCAGCCGACGUGUCGGGGGAUGAAAUCACAAAUCAAAAUGUUUUAAAGGAUCCUCAGCAGGCUGAGGUGAAAGAGGACGAUGGAGGGGAGUGUCCUGUGUUAACCAGCUCAGGAGACAUUUUAGAUCAGGAGAUGGAGACAAAUGUUCUUCAGGAUGUUUCUAAUUCUUACCACCUGCCAUCUUCCACCACUGAGGAGACAGACAUUACAAACCCUCCUCAGCACACCAUUGAAGACGCUGGGUUGAUGGUGGUAGAAAAUGAAAAGUGUCAUUUGGACCUACAGCAAGUGCAGAUUCUGGAGGAUAUAGAGAUUGGACACGAGAUUGUAGUGGCAGAGGAGAACGGCAACGUUACAGCAGUAAAACCACCAGAUCAGCCAACUGAGGUCUCCUCUGAACAGUCUGUCCAGAAGGUUUAUGAUCAAAAGAAGAAAACGAUUGAGACCGCAAAGCAGAGCAAGACUGAAGACGAAAAAAAAGUCCCAGAGGUUCCAAAACCCAAGAAGCAAGAAAUGAACACUCAAGCAAGAACCAAAGCUCGUCUGGCCGCUCUGGCUGAGCAGAAGGCCGCGGCGUCCAAGAGGUCCACCAACAGGCAGCAGCUGAACCUCCUAGCGCUGUGUCAGGAGAUUGCAGAGGACAUCGCCACAGACAGCAUGCUGCUGAAGAAGAUUGAAGAAGAAAAACAAGCAGCGGCAGUAGCAGCCAAGGCUGAAGCCAGACAGAAGGAGCUUCUACCUGCUGUCUCAGAAGUAGACCCAGUUAGCGUAGCAACCCCUGCUGAACCAGAGGAGAGUUCUGGUUCUGUCAUCCACGCUCCAGAGCCAUCUCCUGCUCAACCAUCAACUGCUGCUGAUGAUUCAGCUGAAACCAAACCAGUUGUAGACCCUCCGAAGAGACGCUUCUUCAUCUCACAGGUCUCCGUGCCGCUGAAAGCCCACGAGAAGAAGAAGCUCACUCGGUAUCAGAGACUAAGACAGGUGGAACUGCAGAGAGAGAAGAUGUCCUGGGCCCGUGUAAAGAAACUUAAGUCCGACCAAGCAAAUCAGAUGUUUUCAGACGUGGACUGGCAGGCUUCUUUCUCUGGAGGCUUCUUAAUGAGUCCCCCAACGCCUCCACCAGCUCCUAGUACACCUAAAAUGUCCUCCACGAAUCCUGCGGAGACAAGCCAGCUCACCCCGCCAAAGGUAGAAGCUCCCACAGCUGAGACUCCUACAGCUGAGACUCCUACGGCUGAAACUCUUACAGCUGACACUCCUACGGCUGACACUUCGACGGCUGAGGCAGCACAAGUGGGACCUCAGCAACCCAAAACCUCCAAAACAGAACCCCCCAAGCCCGAAUCUGCUGAAAAUAAACCAGUUAAAGCUGAAAAGUCCAAAACCCAGCAGCCUCCUUGUGAAAACCGAAGAUCUACGAGGCAAAGUAAGGCCCUAGCUUUGCAGACAGCUGCAGCUCCAGCGCCAGCUCCAAAAGUGACCAGGUCAGCAUCCAAGAAAACCCUCCCAGCAAAGCCGCCCCCCAUGCCUAAUGGGAUUAAUGCUCAGAAACAGAAGCCUGUGGAGUACAAACCGUACAGACCCAGACCCAAAUACUCCCCUGAUGACUUUGAGCUGGACGAUGACGACCUGUUACUGGCUUCUCCAGCAAGACCACGACCUCAGCAAAGCCCUGCUGCUCCCUGUCAAAAACCACCUGCUUCGUCUCAGCCCACCAAUCAGAUGAGACUUAACCCUCACACGGCGCCUCCUGGACAGAUCUCAGGUCAGUCAAAGCCCACUGCUGUGUCUCAGGCUCAGUUAAAGCUGGUGCAGUCCAAACCUCCUGUUACAGCAACCCCUCCACCGAAGCCCGCUCCGUCAGCCAGCGUUCAGCUAACCUCCCCCAAACAUGUUUCACCGUCAGGUCGGCCCAAGCCUGCAGCUUCUGCUCCUCCACAGUUAAAAACAGUCGUAGGAGCGACACCGUCUGAUUCAGUCACAUCAGAAACCAAACCUGCUGCUGCGGAAGCUUCAGUGCCUCAGAAAACAGAAAACCUCUCGUCACAGGAAAAAGAAAAAAGCCAGAAAACAGCUGAUCCACGUUCACCCCCACUCCCUUUGGUGGAGUGCUCCAAAAAGUCCGAUGACGCAGAGAAGUGUGAAGAGAAACCUGCUGUCACCACCUCCAGUUCAGCUGCAGAGAACAACUCCGCGACAGAAGAGCAGACGUCAGAAAAGCAUCUAUAUGACGGCGACGCAAAGCAUCAAGAUUCUGUGACUCAUCUAAACGAAGCGUCUCUGCAAAAAGAGGUCAAGAGGCUAAAGGAGGCUGAUAAAGAUAGCUCUCAGACUAUAAUUGAUGCAGGACAGAAACACCAUGGACCGGUGGCCUGCAGCAUGUGCGGGAUGCUCUACUCUGCUGCCAACCCUGAGGAUGAAUCUCAGCAUUUACUGUUUCAUAAUCAGUUCAUCAGUGCCGUCAAAUAUGUGGGAUGGAAAAAGGAAAGGAUCCUGGCAGAGUUUCCUGAUGGCAAGAUCAUCCUAGUCCUGCCAGAUGAUCCUAAAUAUGCUUUAAAGAAGGUGGAGGAGAUCCGGGAGAUGGUGGACAAUGACCUCGGUUUCCAGCAGGUGGAGACAAAGUGUCCCUCUCAGACCAAAACCUUCCUCUUCAUCACCAUUGACAAGAAAGUAGCAGGAUGCCUCAUAGCAGAGAACAUCCAGGAGGGCUACAGAGUGAUCGAAGAGCCGAUUCCAGAGGGCUCAGAGGGUGAGAAGGUGAUGUUUGAGCGUCAGAGAGCUUGGUGCUGCUCCACUACACCGGAGCCAGCCAUCUGUGGCAUCAGUCGCAUCUGGGUGGUGAGCAUGAUGCGACGCCGAGGGAUCGCCACCAGAAUGAUCGAGUGUCUCAGGAAUAACUUCAUUUACGGCUCUUACCUGAGCAAAGACGAGAUCGCGUUCUCUGACCCCACCCCCGACGGAAAACUCUUCGCCAUGCAUUAUUUUGGCACCUCACAGUUUUUAGUUUAUAACUUUGUAAGUGGGCCGUGCUCGGUCCAGCCUAAAACACACGCAGUAUGACCAUAACGACAGAAGCAACAAAUACAAAACGUCCCCUCAUUGGUUUAAAUCUCAGGAUUAAAACAGCAAAUUGUUGUUGAAACCUCGUGAAUUUCAUUGAAAAAGUAUUUUCUCUAAGUGAAAAUUUGGUUUUAUUCGAACUUUUAAACGUUUUACAUGCAUGACCUGACAGCAAUAGAAUCAAACUGCAUAUCAUUUUUACUUUCAUCACAUCCUUGACUGAGUUUUAAUGUCUGAAACGAUCCAGACAGAAGAGUAGCCUGGGCAUUUAUCACGCGUUAUCCAAGCCGAGCCAUACGCUUACAGACCAGUUUUAGCCUCUACUGUACCAUUAUUGUCUCUUAAAUCUCACCCAGUUUGUCUUUUGCUUUGCUCAUUUGUGCCUGGAUGAAUAAUGUUUGCCUUCUCGUGUUUAUUUUGUUUUAUUUACAUGUUUGCCUUUUGUUCCACUAAGCAGCAUUUGGCUUUUAGAGAUUCAUCAUUAGUAACAUGUUGAAAUCUAUAUUAAAUAACCAUGUAGAUUUAUGCAUUUUAUAACGAGGCUGAUAACGGGAGUUGAAAACGGUCUCAAUCCUCAUGUGUUAAAGAUUUUUUUGUAGUAAAUAUUCAGUCAGGUUCGAUUUUUAUGAUUGAAGAUGCUAAACAUGAGAGUUCAGACCUACUCACUCAGAUUAAUAGUAUCAUUAUAAUCAUACUUUAUAUUUUUCCUCCUCAUUGAAGCAGUUGCUUUUAGAAAUAUGUUUUGUGUAAGAAAAAAUAAAUUUGAUUUAUAUGAAGCGGUUAUGUAAAUAUUUAUUUAAAUAAACAAUUAAAACCCUU